CGCCCCUCUCGCGCGCGGGGCAGGCCGGGAGCGGCGGAGCGCGCCUCCUCCUGAUUGGCCGGGCGGGGCGCGCGCCAACUUUGAACCGCCGCCCUCACCUUCCCUCCCUCCGGCUCCACUCCCGCCAUGGCGCAGGGCAAGAGGCGGCCGACGGCCCGGGGCGCCCCGAAGGCCUCGGCGCUGAACAAGCGGGUGGACGCCUUCCUGAAGGACUUCGACCGCGAGGUGCGAGCGCGGCUGGCGCAGGUGCGGGCGGCGGGCGAGAGCCUGAAGAAGGACGUGGAGAACCUGAGCAACAUGGAGGUGCUGCGGCUGCCGCUGGCGCUGCGCAAGAUGAACUGGGUCGCCUUCCUGGCCCUCGGAGGCAGCGACAAGGCCCUGGAGCAGGUGGCCUCGAGCGAGGUGGACAUCGCGGAGAUCACCCUGCUGGCCUCCAGGGCCAUCCGGACGCCCUUCCGGACCGCCAAGAAAGCCAAGCAGGCCAUUGAGACCAUCGAUGAAGAGAUGGAGACGUCUCUGCUGCCCGCAGGCAAGAAAUCCAGGCAGGAGAACCAGGCGGCUGUGGAUCCAGAGGUGGCACCCCAGAAGCCGGGGAAGGUUCAGACCUCAACCAAAAGGCCUCCAAAUUCCAAGAGGACACGGCCCCCUUCAUCCCGAGCCAAGAAUUUCCGAAAAAGGCUCAGCAAAGUGAACCCCAUCACUCCGGCCAGCCAAGGGAACCCCUCAAAAGCUGCCACUCCUCUGUUCACACCUGCUGGCAAGUUUGACUCCAGCGUCUUCAGGACACCCGGCCUGCGGGCCCCUGCCGCCCACGAGCGAGUCUUCAGCAUCUCUGUGAACGGCAGCCCCCUGGCAGACAGGAGCGAAGUCUUCCUCACGGUGCCCCUGGGCGGAGGAGAGAACGUCCGGAUCAGGGCCAGCGAGCUCUCGGAGAGGGACCUGGCGGGGCUAAGCGCACAAGCCCUGGGCAGCGUGAAGAAGUUGUCGAGUCAACUUGUGCACCUCUGUAACAGACUGGGCAGCCAUAAGUAAAGAGGCUUCCGGUCAGCUGGUCGUCGCUUCAGUCCUGGCCUGGGGAAGGGAAGACUUGGCUCAAAGACGUCCUCCAAAGGCUGCAGGUGGCAGGAGCCAGACCUCGGGGGGGUCUCCGCCUACUCUGUGUCCUGCAGAAGCCCCUCGUCUCGCUCUCUCUCUGGGGAGGCCCUCCGCUUAAAAGGGCUUCCGUUUUGUCUGAGGCAGGGAGGGCCCCAGGGCGCUUCCUGCUUCUCUCGGUGGCCCCUCUGUGCAGGGGGGAGAGGCUGGCAGGCGUCAGAGCAGGACUGGGCCCUUCACAGCCCAGGGGUUGGGUGGGAGGGACAGAACACCCACCCAUCCCGGAUGAAUGCCGGCUGCUUUCUCUCUUCCUUUCCAAGCCCUCGUGUGGCUUUCUAUUUAUCUUCCAUUGGGGUGCAAGGACACCGUUUCCUUAUUAUUUUUGCAAUAUUUUACAAUAAAGUUCGUUGUCGUCUUCGA